UCGGGCCGUCGCCCAACUCGCCAGCCUCAGUUAAAAAAAAACUUGCUAGCUGCCAUUCAUGGCGGGAGUCUUGGAUUCUUUGGCAUCCUACGUCCAGAACAUGCUUACGGAGAUGGCAAGGGAUGAGGUGCAUAUGCUGCUUGGGGUCUCUGGAGAGAUUGAAAAAAUGGACAUCAAGCUCAAGGACCUCAAGAACUUCCUCAUGGAUGCUGACAGGAGGAGCAUCACCAACCAGAGUGUGCAGGCAUGGGUUCUCGAGCUUAGAGGGGCCAUGUAUGAUGCCACCAACAUCCUUGACAUAUGUCAGCUCAAGGCCAUGGAGCGGGGUCUAAGCCAUGAUGCAGGAUGCUUCAACCCGCUGUUGUUCUGCAUGCGGAAUCCCAUCCACGCCCACAAGAUUGGCAGCCGAAUCAAGAACCUUAACCAGAGGUUAGAAGAUAUCAAGAAACGUAGCUUGGAGUUCAACUUCAUCAACCUCAAUUCAUAUGAGGACCGUAGCAGGAGGGUGGCAUCCUCCCGUCCUGGUAGCCGUGAGACAUCUAGUGAGGUUGAUGAGUCAAGUUUGGUCGGUGAGAAUAUUGAGGAGGACACAAAAAAUUUGGUGGAGAUUCUAACAACGGCAGAGCUAUCAAAAUGCGAGAACAACAACAUUUUGGUUUUUGCUAUUGUGGGAGUUGGCGGUAUUGGUAAAACCACCUUGGCCAAAAAGAUAUUCAAUAAUGACAUUGUCCGACAAGAAUUUACAAAGAAAAUAUGGUUGAGUGUGAACCGGGAUUUCAGUGAGACUGAGCUGCUGAGAAGGGCUAUCAUUGAAGCUGGGGGUGACCACCAAUCUGCUGGAAAUACGAGAGGCGCUCUUGAGCGAGCUCUUAAGGAAGCCUUGAAUGGGCAGAAGAUUUUAUUGGUGAUGGAUGAUGUUUGGGAGCAUCAAGCAUGGGAGGAUGUGCUCCAAACUCCCUUGGUCAGUGCUGCACUAGCUCAUGGCAGCCGUGUCCUCAUCACCACAAGACAUGACAUGGUCGCAAGAGGGAUGCUGGCAACAAAGCCCUACCACUAUGUCAAUAAACUUAAUCCUGAAGAUGCAUGGUUGUUGCUCAAGAAGAAGGUAGUUGGAAACGGAAAUGAUGAAGACCAGAUUGAACUGCUCAAGGAUAUUGGAAUGGAAAUUAUAACAAAAUGUGAUUAUUUACCACUUGCUGUGAAAGUAAUGGGAGGUCUCUUACGUCAAAAAACAGCAAGGAGACGGGAGUGGGAAAAUGUCCUAAAUGACUCGAUAUGGUCAGUAUCCCAAAUGCCUGAAGAGCUCAACUAUGCAAUAUAUCUUAGCUAUGAAGAUUUAAGUUCUAGUUUGAAGCCUUGCUUUCUUCACUACUCACUCCUUCCCAAGAGCAGAGGGUUCUUCGCUUAUGAGAUCAUUGGCAUGUGGAUUAGUGAAGGAUUUGUUCAUGGAACAUCACGUGACUUGGAGGAAAUAGGAAAAGAGUACUACGAUGAGUUGAUACAGAGGAACCUUAUUGAGCCUGAUAUAAGCUAUGCUGAAAAAGUAGUUUGCAAUAUGCAUGAUGUUGUCCGCUCUGAAGUGCAUCUAGGCCGAUAGAUGUAAUGGUAAGUU